AUGCCGACUCCAGCCUCCCGCGACGAAAACGAUUCUGUCAACUUCAACUCCUCAUGUCCAGAUGACCAGGCGCCUCGUGCGCAAUCUGGCUGGCUCCAUCCAACACAGUCCCCCUACGAAGAGAGUAGUCACUCGCACCACGAAAUUGCAAUCGCCAGCGGUAGCGGUAGCAGUCUUUCACAGCCGCCGGCCGCAGUUGACGGCGAGCAGUCGCCUUUGCCCGCACCGUCACCACCAACCAUGUCGCCAGUUCCCCCACUAAACACCGAUCGACCGGCGGCCCCCGAGACCGAAUCGAUAUACUUGAAUGCAAGCGAAUUGCAUGACAGCCCGACGGACCCCGUGGAUCCAGCCGACAAGCCAUCAGACACAGACGAAGAGAUGCCGGACAUGCAUACCCCCGGCACCACGAGCAAUAGCGACAGCCACGAUGACCAAGGCGAUACCAGUGACUCGCACAGCCGCCACAACAUGAUACCCCGUCCCAGCCGUCCCAGUGACGUGCACAUGCGCAGCCACGAGAUUGCCCGGUAUUCGAUCCCCGAGAUGGAGGUUUGGGAACCAUAUGGUACAAAUGAUGCCUUUCGGGGACAGGCCGAAGCGGCCCGGUCCGGUGAUAACAGACGAGCAGCCGGACGCAACGAUGGCUUGUUUCCGGCAGGCAUGGACGGCGAGAAGGCCGAGGAUCAAGACAUUAAAGUCGAGGACGACUGGUCGGACUUCGCGUCUCCGUACGCUGGCUGCGAUCCAACCUAUCCAAGACUUAUCCCUGCAGCGCCGUCAAAGUUCCUUCGUCCCGGUAGCCGUUUUGUCGGCACCCAGCAAUCAGAGCGGCAAGUAUACGAUGUACAAGUAGAGAUCAAGCAUGUUGACUUGCGCGAAUCGUUUCUCUGCGGCUACUUGCGGAUACAAGGUCUUACAGAGGACCACCCGACAUUGACGACGUAUUUUGAAGGCGAGAUUAUCGGCUCCAAGUACGGCUUCAAUACCAAACCAAAGUCGUGGGGCGCCAACGAUCGCAUUGACAUGUCGCACUGGGCCAAGUUUGCUGCAUUCCGGCCGUACGCAAAGCAGGCCAAGAAAGGCAACUUCACGAUAAAGGAGCACCUGCAAAAAGAAAACAUAUUCAUGCGCUGGAAGGAACACUUCCUUGUGCCCGACCAUCGUGUGCGGACAAUCCACGGUGCGAGUUUCGAGGGCUUCUACUACAUCUGUUUCAACCAACUCGAGGGCGUUGUCCACGGCAUCUACUUCCACUCUAAGAGCGAAAAGUUCCAGCAACUCGAGCUCAAGCAUGUUGAGGACAAGGGCUGCAUGAGCGCCGUGGAGUUCCGAUGA